CACAUAUUUUGUCAUUGUCAAAGUUUGCUUCAUAGCAGGUUUUAAUUAUUUUUUAUAAUAGGAUAAAAAGCAAUACGUAAAGAUGUCUGUAUCAGAUUUAAAACAUGCUUUAAGGAAAUUUGAGUUUCCUACCUGUGCUAGGGAAGCUCUUAUCAGAAUUGAACAAUUGCUGGUGGGCCGGGCGGCUCCAUCAAGCAAGCAGCUAGAUAUAGCGAUGGAUAUCAUAUCAGAGUUCGUGUUCUGCGAGUCAGACCGGCGCGGUGGCCGCCGAGGCGCGGGCCUCACGCCUCUACAAGAUCUUCAGCUGAUAGACAUAAUAUGCGACUAUCUGUCCGCCUGUACAAAUGAGACAACUAAGAAUACAGUGUUUCUGUCGCUGUUUGGAGGCAUGGAGAGUCAAAGAAGGUUGAAAAUACUGAGUAUCCUUGCCAGCAUGGCAGUGUCUGCAUCAAGUACUCCAGUUUUACUGGCUGUUGGAGUUUGGCUUCAGCAAAUGGGGUGUUCAUCAUCACAAUCCCUUCAGCUGGUUGAGAAUGUCAUCAGAGACCACUUCUACUUGAACACUUCAAACCAACUAGCCCUAAGGUCCCUGGCUAACACGGCACCACAGUUUGUGUCUAACUUCAUCACUGCAGUGACUGAAUUGUAUAUGCAUGAUGCUCAAGGCUCCACAAAACUGCCCCCUAAGAACCUUUUGGAAGUGAUAACUGCUUGGGUUUACUCAAACCCUACCCUGUGCAUGUCAGCACAAUUGAACCCUGCAGCAUUGCCUAGUGGCUCCAUACCUAUGGCUGCUGUGACACCCCUGGCUGGCCUCAUACACUGGUGUGCACUUGCUCCACUUUAUAUUGAUGAUGAUGCUGAAAUGGUAGAAGUCCCAGUACCAGUGAAGAAAAUUAAACUGGAAGGUGAAAAUGACAGAGCAAUUAUAAAGACUGUGACAAACAAACCUCUCACAGAGUGUGAGUUAUACAUAAAGCUGCAUCUUGGUGUGCUGCAUAGCUUGCGAGCUGGGAGACGUACUCACGGCCCUCCCACUGCAGUGAAUGCACAACACUUGGCUGCACUGGCGCCCAUAGUGCAGGGGUAUGCUCAUGGUGUGCUCAAAAGAGGUGGCAAGUUACAGACUGACACUAAAUUACAGGAUUCCUUAGACAGGAUUGGGCAAGCAGUUCAAGUGGCCCUUGCAAAUGGCUGUGUUUAUGGCAACAUGAGCAACCUCCUUGCAGCGUUGGACACCUUACCAGAGAACCGACUGCUACGGAUCAUCAUAAAGACUCACCAACAAACUAUCUGACAUGUGCUCACACUCAGUUUGAACAUUGAGAAGUUCUUCAAAACUUAAAGAUACUUGUGUAGUGCUCUCAUUACAGACCUUUUGUGGAAAUGAAAUGAAAGCAUAUUAGUCCCGAAGUUGUUGUUGAUACUGGUUAUCAAGAAGUUAUUUACUGUAUAAUGAAAAUAGUACAAUUAUGUUAUGCAUGUAUAAUUUUGUGGUGGCCAAUUACAGUGUAUCAAUUUUAAAGUAUUUGUAACUAAAACUUUAUCUUAUAAUUUAAAUAUGUAUACUGUAAAUAAAAUACUGUGAUAAUUAA